GUCAAUCCUGCAACCGCAAAAUGCGUUAACAUCGUCGCAAAUAGCGACAAGGCAAGCUAUAUCGAAAGAUUUACCAAGUUUUAGUGGCGAUCCAGUCGAUUGGCCAACAUUCAUCAGCAUAUACGAGAAUAGUACGAGCGCAGCUGGGUUCACCGAUGUCGAAAAUAUGUUACGGCUUCAAAAGGCCUUAAAGGGUAGAGGUCUAGAUGUGGUGAGAGACAAGCUGCUUGUACCGUCAAUGGUAAACGAAGUCAUACACACGUUAAAAACGUUUUUUGGACGACCAGAGCUGAUUCUUGAGCGUGUCAUCGAAAAAGUCCGUAAAAUGCCAGCGCCUAAAGAAAAGCUGGAAACGUUAAUCGAAUACGCGCUCGGUGUACGCAGUAUUUGCGCUACAAUGCAAGCAUGCAAAUUAAACGCACAUCUAGAAAACCCUAUGCUUGUGAAAGAGUUGGUCGAUAAGCUACCGAACCAGCACAAACUAAGCUGGGCUAUGCACAACAGAGACGAAUCCGUCCCAUCUAUGAAAGCCUUCAGCGACUGGAUCUAUAAUUUGGCCGAAGCUGCUUCUAAGGUUGUAUCAAUAUCGACAUCGAAAACGCAGCACGUUCACACUCACGUGGAAAAUAUCGAUACAAAAGAUAGGAAUACAUGUAGUGUAUGCAAAAUCGAAAAUCACCGAAUGGUCGACUGUAAAGAAUUCGAAAGGAUGACUGUCGAAAAACGCUGGCAAUUUGUAACAAACAAUGACAUUUGCCGCAGGUGCCUAAAACUUCACAAAGGACGAUGCUUUUCGAAGAAGGUGUGCGGUGUAGACGGGUGCAAGUCAAGACACCACUCCCGGCUACACAUUAAGCGCAACGGAUCUGCAACAGGUGCUGAAAACUUUCAAAAUCCGGUAAGCGCCCACCAAUCACAAGCCGAGGAAAGCUCACAACUGUUUCGCAUCGUACCAGUUAAGCUGUAUAAUGGUGAGAAAAACAUAGAAGUAUAUGCCUUUUUGGACGAAGGUUCAUCGGUCACGCUAAUUGACCAACGGAUAUUCAAUGAAUUAAAGCUUAAGGGCACACCAGAUCCGCUUUGCCUGCGCUGGACCAACGAAACUACGAGGACCGAGAAAAAAUCGGUUCGCGGAUCGAUGCAAAUAUCAGCAGUCGGCAGUAGUCGUAAGUUUUGGCUCAAUGACGUGCACACCGUCGCCAACCUGUCCCUCCCGCGGCAAACGGUCAAUAUCAGCAUCUUAAAACAAAGGUACAACCACUUGCUGGGCGUACCGAUAUCUUCGUACACGAAUGCAAGUCCGGUUAUACUCAUUGGUAUCAAUAAUUGGAAACUGGCAGUUCCUCGGAAAUUGCGAGAAGGGAAAUGGCGUGAACCAAUUGCAACUAAAUGCAUUUUGGGCUGGUCAAUACAGGGUGCCAGCGGGAAGUCUGAAAGGGCAUUUGCCAACGUACACAACUGUUCAUGCGACUGGGAAGAGAUACACGAGGCAGUGAAAAACAGUUUUGAUCUAGAAACUGUCGCACCAAGAAACAUGACGUCCAGCGAAGAGGCCAAAUCUAUCGACAUUUUGAAAAACACGUGCCAAAAGGUCGGUGAUAAAUAUGAAGUCGGUCUAUUGUGGAAAAGUGAUCAAGUGAGUAUGCCAAAUAGUUAUCCAGCGGCAUUGAAACGUGCAAAGGCUUUAAAAGCUAAAAUGCAAAGCGAUGCGGUGCUCAGAGCAACUGUUCACGAGCGAAUCGGCAAUUUACUAUCUAAGGGCUACGCCAGAGAGGUAUCCGAAGCAGAGUUAUUUGCUGAAAAUGGUCGCGUGUGGUAUCUGCCAAUCUUCGUAGCAUUAAACCCAAAUAAGCCUAAAAAGGCGCGCCUGGUGUGGGAUGCUGCCGCAAAGGCAAACGGACACUCUCUCAAUGAUUUUCUGAUGACCGGUCCCGACCUACUGAAACCGCUCAUCGACGUUCUAAUGGCUUUUCGAGUAGGCAAAGUGGCUAUAUGCGGUGACAUCGCUGAGAUGUUUCACCGAAUUAACAUCAGAAAGGAUGAUAUGCACGUACAGCGAUUUUUGUGGUGGCCAAACAGCGAAGAGGAUGACCCAACAAUUUUCGUCAUGCAGGCGAUGACGUUUGGUAUUCGGUGUGCCCCUUGUAUAGCACACUACGUGCGCAAUACGAAUGCUGAAUCGUUCGAGCAUAAGUAUCCACGGGCGUGCGAAGCCAUAAAAGAAGCACACUAUGUCGACGACUUUAUCGACUCAAUGGAUAACGAAGAUGAAGUUCGGGCGUUAGCUGACGAGGUUCGCACCAUUCAUGCAGCUGGUGGCUUUGCUAUACGAAACUGGGCCUCCAACUCGGCUGAGGUCGUGAGAUCCCUUCAACUUACGUGUGAUGAAAUUCAAGCGCCUGUCACACUCGGCGAUUCAGAAAAAGUUCUUGGUAUGUAUUGGGACCCCAACAAAGAUGUUUUUAAGUACACUUUCAGAUUUGCAAGACUAAAAAGAGAUGUUCUUCGCGAUGAUGUCAUACCGACUAAGCGGGAAACUCUUCAGGUACUGAUGUCCAUAUUUGAUCCCCUGGGCCUUUUAGCACCGUAUACGAUCAGCCUAAAAAUUCUGCUGCAACGAGUGUGGCAACUGGGCUGCGGCUGGGAUGAUGAACUGCCACCGAAACUUCAUCCGGCGUGGCAUCAGUGGAAAACAGUACUGCUACACAUUUCGAGUAUUGAAAUAUCCCGAUGUUAUUCUCGUCUACUCCAAGACGCAUCAAAUAUACAAAUCCAUACAUUUGUAGACGCCAGUGAAGCCGCGUAUGCCGCCGCUUGUUACCUACGCGUUCAGUGUGGUGAUGACGUUACAGUUUCACUCGUCGCGGCCAAGUCGAAGGUCGCACCACUCAAGCCGUUAUCUAUACCCAGGCUCGAACUCCAGGCCGCCGUGAUCGGUGCUCGACUUACACAGAAGGUCAAGGGCACCCGCAAUUUAACUACACACAGCUGUUUUUAUUGGUCAGACUCGAAAACAGUUCUGCGAUGGCUGAAAAUGGACCCACGAGGAUUCAAUCAAUAUGUUAUGCAUCGUAUUGGAGAACUGCUCGAAACUACAGAUGCCGGCCAAUGGCGGUGGGUACCUUCAAAAUCCAAUGCAGCGGACCUUUCCACAAAAAUUCACAAAAAAAUUGAUAGCCAAAUGUGGCUCUGUGGUCCGUCUUUUCUUCAACAAUGCGAAGAGGAAUGGCCCAUCUGUGCAGAUCUUGGACCAACAAAUCAGUCUGAAACAAGAAAAUGCGUAUUACAUAUGCAUGCAACACCGUGCGUCAACAUGUUUGUUGAAUAUUACUCAGACUGGCGAAGGCUAUACCGAGCUGUUGCCCUAUGGAUUCUAUAUCUGGCAAAGGUAAAUGCGCGCCGGUGUAAAGCGCCCGAACCGACUCACCUGGCGUAUGUUCAUCUACAAAGGGCCAAAUUAGCGCUUUAUAAACAGGCGCAAAAAUCAACAUACCAAUCCGAGAUGUGUCUUUUAAGCAGAGGGCAUCCAGUCGAGCGAAAAAGCUCGUUAAUAGCACUUAACGUCUACUUGGAUAAGGACGGAGUUUUGCGAAUGCAGGGCAGAGCGAAUAGCUUAAAUAGCCACACCGACGCUAUAAUUCUUCCCAAAAGCCAUUACGUGACAUUUUUGAUUGUAAAAGGUUGCCAUGAGAUGCUUCAUCACACAUCGCACGAAACUGCUGUGAAUUUGAUUCGAUCAAAGUUCUACAUACCAAAACUGCGUGUGCUGUAUAAAACAGUGCGUAAAAGCUGUCAAAGGUGCAAAAUCGACAACGUGAAGCCCGAUUUUCCACAGAUGGCACCUUUACCUGCAUCAAGGCUGGCUAGCCACGAGCGACCGUUCACCUUUACAGGGGUCGACUAUUUCGGACCAAUUAUGGUCACCGUUGGUAGACACAGGGAAAAGCGGUGGGGUGUCAUAUUCACCUGCCUCACGCUACGUGCCGUACAUUUGGAGGUUGCCUUCAGCCUUGACACCAACUCGUGCGUUAUGUGCCUGCGAAAUUUCAUCGCUAGAAGAGGUACGCCGAAGGAAAUAUUUUCGGAUAACGGGACGAAUUUUAAAGCCACAGCUAAAUUAAUCCGCGAAGAGCUUAAAAAUGUCAGCUUUGUGGCGCUUCAAAAAAAGUUCGAUGGCAUAAAGUGGAGAUUCAAUCCACCGGGCGCACCGCACAUGGGCGGUUCAUGGGAACGCCUGGUAAGGUCCGUCAAGACAGUUCUUCACAAAAUGUGCCCGACCGAACGAUUUCAAGAUGAAAGCUUAAGAAGUGCGCUAUGUGAAGUAGAAUUUAUUCUGAAUGCCCGUCCGCUCACGUUUGUAUCAUUGGACAGCGGCGAUGACGACGCCUUAACACCGAACCACCUUUUGCUUGGUUCGCCUGACGGCGAAAAAAUUCUAUGCGGCGAUAAUACUGACUUAAGAACGCGAUGGCGACAAACUCAACUAUUUGCUGACCGAUUCUGGCAACGAUGGGUUAGAGAAUAUGCACCGAAUUUACUAAGACGGGCUAAAUGGUUCACUAAACGACCACCCUUACGCAUAGGAGAUGUUGUCAUUAUCAUUGACGAGACGUUGCCCAGAAAUAGUUGGCCUAAAGGCAUAGUUACGGAUAUAGUGGUAGCGCAAGAUGGUCAAGUUCGACGAGCGACAGUAAAAACCCAGCACGGACUGAUGAUCCGACCUACAGCAAAGAUCGCAGUAUUGGACGUCGGCAGAGAUAAUUGCAGACUCGCGCCAGGGCUCAUCUGCGAGGGGGAGGAUGUUGCCGCCGAAAACACUAUCGCAUAACAUUAUUUGUACAUAUGUGUUUACUUAAAGGCUCUACUCAUUACUGUUCUUUUCCCAUUUGCAUUUUGUCUUAUUCACAUAUUCACAUAUUUACAAUAUGUAGCAUUUACAUGUACAAAGUUACGUUUUAAAACUCCACCUGCCAACAUACGACUGCAUGUACAUACAUAUACACACGUACGUAUAGCAAAGGCUACUUCGCGAGCAUAGUUCAGUUCAUAGCGAGGCGUCGGAGUGUUAAAACGAAAUUUUUUUAGUUCCUCUACAUAUUGUUAUCAACACCUAGUUUCUUUAAAAUAAGACCGCAAUAAAGAGUUCUAAAAUAUUCGGAAGAAUAACUCCCUUUUAAU